AUUGGCUCUCCCCUUCUCUGAGAAACCCGGGCAGUCAUUUCCUGUGCGAGCCUCCCUCACUUUGCAGAAAGCCACAGUUGGGUGAAUCACGAGGAUCUGGGGCUGCUCCUUCCCACGGGCAGCUCGGAUUCCCUCCCAGGAGCUCCACACUGACAGCCUGGAAUGAACGUGGGCCCUUCCGCAUGGCCUCUCCCCCAUGGAUGUGAAUGAUCUGGGGUCUGCCUUCAUGCCAAUUCUCGCCUCUUGGCGCUUCACUUGGUUUCUGCUGGGAGGUUCUUUGCCCUCUGAAGGAUCCUUUGGGGCUCGUUGUCAGAUCAGUCCUGGGGUGGAGCUUGCAGCCACUUCUGGGCCCUUGUACUCUUGCUUUUAACCCAGCUGCUCUGUCUGUGCGAGACUGGCAGUAAAUAACUCUCCUGAGCGCUGUGGGGAGAUGGAAACUGCAGCUGAGAGGUGAUUUUGGGGAGAGGAAGACAGAAAAGCACGAGCAAACUGUUAUGGAAGUGCAAAUAUCCUUCUAAAGGAUUCGGCAGAUGUACCAGCUAUGGAGUCUGGCUGUAGUCCCAGCAAGGGAGAUUUCUCUUCAGAGGAAACCUGUUAACCAUUUGGAGGGAGUGCCUGGGAAUGAGAAGGAGCUGUUAACCAAAGCUCUGCUGCAGCCUAAAACUUCCCAGGAGGGACUGUGGGCAAACUUAUCUCUGCUCCAAAGAGGCUCCUCAGUGAACCUUUAUCUUUUUGGCCACUUGGUGACCAGCCCGUGCCUGUGCUGGUUGCACUGAGACAAGAACAACGAUCCCAGACUCCUAAAGAGCCUCUUUCCUUGCCUUUUAUGUCAGGAACCUGUGCUGCUGCCAACAGGUUUAGUGCCCCAACAGGGAGCAUUUGUUGAUCUGCAGGACCACCCCUCCUGGCAAUGGAUAGGUUCACAAAUGGGCAGCCAGGCCCGGCUCAGAGGAACAGGUUCAUGGGACUGCUAGAAACAGAUGACAGCAUCCAGGAAGAUAAACCUGCCCCGAGCAGAAAGGAAGAAAGGUCAGGACAUGUAAGGAAAGGAGAGCCACAACCCUUGGAGACACCUUACCAGAAGGAGAGCAGUGACUUUGCUCCUAAAAUCAAGGUUAAUCUGAACUACCGGCCAGGACUCGUCAGCAACCAGAAGGACCCGAAUCGCUUUGACAGGGACCGGCUGUUCAGCGCCGUGGUCAGGGGCAGCCCCGAGGCCCUGGAGGGUUUGCUGGAGUAUUUAAGGAGGAACUCCAAAUUCCUCACCAAUUCCGAGUACACAGAUGCAAGGACUGGGAAGACCUGCUUGAUGAAAGCCCUGCUGAACUUAAAAAAUGGCAAGAACGACACAAUCCCAGUCCUGCUGGAGAUAGACCAGAAGAUGCAGAACCCCAGGCCACUCGUCAACGUGUCGUGCUCUGACUGCUUCUACAGAGGCCAGACCGCCCUGCACAUCGCCAUCGAGAAAAGGAGCCUUGAGAUGGUGAAACUGCUGGUGGAGAAUGGAGCUGAUGUCCACGCCAGAGCCCACGGGGAAUUCUUCAGGAAGAAGAAAGAAGGAGUUUACUUUUAUUUUGGUGAGCUUCCCCUCUCCUUGGCUGCCUGUACCAACCAGCUGGACGUGGUGGAUUAUCUCCUGAACAACCCCCACCAGAAAGCCAGGCUGCAGGAGCAGGACACGCAGGGCAACACCGUGCUCCACGCCCUGGUGAUGAUCGCAGACGACACCGAGGACAACACCAAGUUUGUGAGCACAACCUACGUGGAGCUCCUGAAGGCGGGCGUGAAGCUGGACCCCACCUGCAAACUGGAGGAGAUUGUGAAUUAUGAUGGCUUAAAUCCCCUGCAGCUGGCUGCCAAGACAGGCAAAGUGGAGAUCUUCAGGCACAUCAUCCAGAGGGAGAUCAAGGACCCCGUGUACCGGCACCUGUCCCGCAAGUUCACCGAGUGGACCUACGGCCCCAUCCACGUGUCCCUCUACGACCUCUCCUCCCUGGACAGCUUCGAGGAGAACUCUGUGCUGGAGAUCCUGGCCUACAGCAGUGACACCCCGAACCGGUACAAGAUGGUGGUUUUGGAGCCACUGAACAAACUCCUUCAGCAAAAAUGGGAAACUUUCGCUUCCAAGAGAUUCUACUUCAGCUUUGUCUCCUACUUGUCAUUCAUGAUCAUCUUUACAGCCAUUGCAUACUAUCAGCCCUUAAGGGUAAAGCCUUCCUUUCCAGUGGAGUUCACAGCUGGAGGCUUCCUGUGGGUCUCUGGCCUGAUCAUUAUCCUGUUAGGAGGCAUUUAUCUGAUCUUUGCUCAGAGCCUGUACCUGCGGAGGAGGCGCCAGUCCCUCAAGACCAUGUGCUCUGACAGCUGCAUCGAGAUCCUCAUCUUCAUCCAGGCGUUCUCCCUGCUGCUGUCGGCGGUGCUGUACGGGGCCAGCUCGGAGAACUACGUGGCAGUGAUGGUGUUCUCACUGCUGCUGGGCUGGGUGAACACCCUCUACUACACCCGCGGCUUCCAGCGCACCGGCAUCUACAGCGUCAUGAUCCAGAAGACCAUCAUGAGAGACCUGCUGCGUUUCCUCUUGGUUUAUAUGAUCUUCCUGUUCGGCUUUGCUGCAGCUCUGGUGACGCUGAUGGGCGAUGCCCCCGCCGUGUCCCACAACAAGUCCCUGGCUCAGCCUGAGGCCGCGGGCAGCCACGCCAUGUACGGGGGCCUGCUCAGCGUCUCCCUGGAGCUCUUCAAGAUCACCAUCGGCAUGGGGGACCUGGAUUUCCAGGAGCACACCAGGUUCAGAUACUUUGUCACGCUGCUGCUGCUGCUGUUCGUGAUCCUCACCUACAUCCUGCUGCUGAACAUGCUGAUCGCCCUCAUGAGCGAGACCGUCACCGACAUCUCUGGCUACAGCAAGAGCGUCUGGAAGCUGCAGAGGGCAAUUGCUAUUCUAGAAAUAGAGAAGGCCUGGCUGUGGCGCCAGGGUGGGAAGAGGAGAUCUGGCUGCUUCAUGUCAGUGGGGCUCAAUAAGAAAGAUGAGAGGUGGUGUUUCAGAGUAGAGGAAAUUAAAUGGACAGACUGGGCAAAGGAUGUAGGAGUUCUGAAGGAAGAACCUGGAAACACCAGUGAUCCAGAAAUAAAUCCAGAAGACACCAGGUCCUGGAGGCGGCCGGCACAGAAACCCCCCCGAGCAGCAGCCCCGGAGGAGCAGUCCCUGCUGCAGCCCCAGCCACCAGCCACGGAGAUGCUGCCCCUGCAGGGACACACCAGAGGCCUCUGACAGCUUUUCUCAGCUCAACCUUGCCCCAUCUUCAGAGAGGAGUUCUUCCCCCAGCAGCUGAAGGACUGAAGGCACUGUCGGUAGCAAAGUGCAUUUCCUGGAGGACUGGCUCAGCCUGUGGCUUUCAGUACUGCCAUGCACUUUAAUGAUUCAUUUCCUCUGAAGAAACUCUUUUUACUCGACCUUCUCUGCCUGACACUUUCUGAUUACUGUGCCUAAAGAUCCAGUGGUGGGAGCAAGCUCCUGAGGCAGUGGGGAAGGCAGGGAUAACUCUGCAGGGAUAAAGCUCAUGGAUAAUGCUCAUGGAAUGACCUGGCUGAGGAUGGCCCAGCCUGUUCUUUUGUCACAAGGGACUGCACUGAAGUGCUUUGGAAUAAAGAGUGUGGUAGAGUCCUAUAAAUUUGCUGAGGGUGGAGUUGUCCUGUGUGCAAAGCACUGCUGGUGUGAGAUGUGGGGGGACAAACACUCACCCAGCCUGUGGCAGCACCUGCAGUGCUCCGUGCCCAAUCCACAUCAGAGUCCCCAUUUCACACUUUUAGAAUGAAACUCUUUGCACAUUUGUUUAAAAGCUCAGGAAGUGAUGUGGAUUUUCAGGACCUGAAACUUUGCGUGGUGGAUUUCUGGGACUUCUCCUUUUCACGGGUUGCUUUGUCUCUGUAAUAAACAGCAGCAGAAUCCUGCUCGUGGCCCCUCACAGACUGACGGGCCAACAA